UGAAAAUGCUUAAAAAUUCAUAAGGAGUUUGACAAAUUAGAUUAAGUGGAAGUGAAAUGGAUAUGCAUUGUGAAGAAAUAGGAAAGUUUUAUUACCAAAUUAAAAGAGAGUUCGAGCAGCAAAGCAGUAAGCGUGAGGGGUGAACAGUCUAAGAAAAGCUAAAAGAGUGGCAUACGUGCGGAGCAGCAUUAACUGAAUCGGAAUUGAAUUGAAAAGUUUUAAUGUGUGCUUGUUUUGUCUUCACCAACAUUUGGAUUUCAUACUCGGAAAAGUUGAAAGCACAAUAAAGAACUGCAAAAAGACUUUGAGUGUAAAUUCAGAAACAGCAGAGAAUUGAAAAGAGAAUUGCAACGACAACAACAUCAACCACUAACCGCACUUAAGCAGGUAAAUAAUAAAAGUAAUUAAACAAAAAACCUAAAUUGAAAAUAUCAACUAUAUGGGAUUGAAACAACAACAAUAACUUUUGAAAAUAAACGAAGCUCAAUAGACUGAAAUAGAGUCCAAAUAUUUUACCGUAAUGCAAUGCAAUUAAUUAAACAUAUCAUUAAAAAUAUAUUCAACACGAAAAGAUAAAGCUAAAUGAAAACACCACUUAACAUAAAUAUAAUAGCAGUUUACCCUUUUAGUGCAAUAAAUAGCUUAAAUAUAGAGGAUAAUUCAAAUAUCUAACAUAACAUACGAAAUUCAUAUUCACAUUUAACGAAACUUCACCAAAACUAUUGGGAUAAAGAAAUUCGAAUACAAUUCGACGAAGCAAAUAGAUAAUAAUACUUGUACAAUUCAAGCUUAUAAAAUUACUGAAUAUUAGAAUUAUGAAAUUUUCGUAAUAAACACUCAAACACUACAAUUUAUUGCAUUUAAAUAAAUACAAACAACAAUAAAAGCAAUCCAACCAAGAAAUUCCAGCAAAAUAUUUGGAAACAAUGAAAUGUGCGCGAAUAUAAACAAGCAGAAAUAAAUUAGAAAAACAAAAACAACGACACGAAACACGUUUUUAAAACUUUGGCUCCAAUUGAAUUCGCUCAACCAAACACAAAAUACUAAAAAAAAGAAAACUAUAAAAUGGAAAAUUGUUGAAUGGAGGUGUACAAUUGAGUUUUAACUGAAUCGAAAAUACGACAGGAUUUGAUAAACAAACAUGGCUUAUAAACACAACAAACGGAAGAGUUUGGCAUUGCAGCUGAAAACAACAAUAACAAGUGGAGUAACGGUCACAACCGUUAAAUCAUUAACACCAAUAACAAAUUGAAGGAAAAUUAAAUUCUCGUGUAAAGAUAAUAAAAAUAACAAAGGUAAAAUAAAUGAAAAAUUAGCAUAGCUAGUUGCUGAAAAAAUCGCAAAAUAUUAAAAAAAGUAUUGACUUCACCAUUCUUAACAAAAAAAACAGUAAAAUGUGCAGUUCGGUUUACGCGUGUGUCGAUAUGAACCAACUAAAAUCAGAAUAGAACAAGUGUGAAGUACAAAAUAAGCUCAUUAGCAGAGCUACUAUAAAAACAACAGCGAAAACAAUAAACUUAGUGCGCUUAGAAGUGUUGGCAUAUGAGCUUUAGAGCGCUUCAGAACAUAUCCAUACGCAUGAGGAGAAUCUCUUAUUUGUGCGGCUUUUAAAUACACAAAUUGCGGAAAUUUAUUCAUUUGCAUUAAGAGAUCAAUUGCAACAAUGGCGAGCUGAAUUGAAUUUAUAGGCAAUUCCCUCAUAUUUGAAGUUCGGUUGAAGCAUCCGCAUGCAAACAUGGAUUGGACUCGGUGGCAAUAUACAUUUUUAUGGUGCAUUUGCAAUCCUGGGAGCAUAAUGUGGCUACCCAUUUGAUUCGCUAAUUAUUAGACAUACUGCACGGAUGUGCAGUGCAUGAUUCAACGAAUCAAUCGUAUAAUAGUCAGUCGGUAAAGAAAUGUUCAAUCAGUCAGUGUGUGCAAAUAAAAGCUGUCAGAGAAAGAGUAAUAAAUGUGUUCACAUUCCACAUAUUAUAAUAAAGCAUUCUCAUCUAUAUACACACUUACGUAUAUAUAUAUGUACUCGUAGCUUACAGUCGUGCGAAAUCGUCAUUAUCACCACAUAAUCGAAAAAGUGCACCAAACAUAUAUGUACAUAUGAACAUACAUAGACGAAGUGUGCAGCUAUACAGUAGCCUCAGAAGAUUAUAAGAUCACAUUCGAAGAGCACAUCAAAGUACGGACAUCCAACAUAGCCAACGACACUGUGUUCGUCGAUUUUGAAUACACGAAAUAAGCGAAUAGCCCGUAUGAUCACAUGAAAAUCUCCAUUAAAAUCGCAUCGUGUUUAAGCAUAAAUAAAUUCGAACAAUACUCAUACUGUAGCAAUAAUUUACACCGUUCUUCCCUAUAACUUUUUUAUACGAAUCGUUACUUACAUUUAAUUAAAAUUAAAAUAGUGAAUUACAGUUAAAAUUAAAAUAAAAAGCACAUCGCUCAGUUUUUAAACGCAUUUAUUUAUAAAUACUCACAAAAUUACACUUAAGGAAUAAAAUAAGCAACUGAAAAUGACAUUUGAAAAUCACCGUUUUAUUAACCAGUUAUCAACGAAUUAAACUAAUACAUAGCAAGAAACUAAAGUAGAUGAACUCCGAAAGCAAACUCGAAAUGAUCAUCAGAAUAGACCAAACCAUUAACUGUUGUACAAAGUAAAAUUUGCAACAACGGCAUCAACACGCACAUUUCGUUUUCGGGGGACGGCAUUGACGGCAAUAGUGUUGCUGGAAAAAGUAGCGCAAACACGGACGAAGCGGAAGCAGCAGGACAAACCGGCCAGAGCCAGCGAGUGUGAGUUGCCAAGGAUCUAUAGGUGUGUUCAUAAAAGGAGGAGGAUCAGUCGCAGUUGUAGACUUAGAGAACGUAUACGAAGGAAAGUAAACGGUUUUCUAGCGCGGAGAGGAGACAUAGCAAGAGAGCAGUAAAGGACCAGCACCUGGACGAAUAACGAGUGACAAAACAAACAAGUUCCAUAGUGAGCCAUAGAAAAAACACAUAUUAUCACGUAAACUCAAGCCACAUAUAGUUGCCGAUACAGUCAAGCAAUAUAUCAGUCGGGCGCAGCGCACAAGUAAGGGUUCUAGAGAACAGCAGCCUAACAUGGAGUUUUUACGUGGUGUUUAUGCGUUCAUGCAAGUGAGUAGAUCAUCGGUGUCUCAUGUCAAAAUCGAUUCACCUGUUUUUCGCCUACACACAAAUGCAACUGUUAUUUUAUUAAUAACAUUCUCGAUCGCUGUUACGACGCGGCAGUACGUAGGAAAUCCCAUAGACUGUGUACAUACCAGAGACAUUCCCGAAGAUGUCCUCAAUACAUAUUGUUGGAUACACUCGACAUAUACAGUGGUGGACGCAUUCAUGAAAAAACAAGGUUCCGAGGUGCCUUUUCCUGGGGUUCAUAAUUCGCAGGGACGUGGUCCUCUCACAAUAAAGCAUACGAAAUAUUAUCAAUGGGUAGCGUUUACGCUAUUUUUUCAGGCGAUUUUAUUUUAUACACCGAGAUGGCUGUGGAAAUCUUGGGAAGGUGGCAAAAUUCAUGCACUUAUCAUGGACUUAGAUAUAGGAAUUUGUUCCGAAGCCGAGAAAAAACAAAAAAAGAAAUUACUAUUAGAUUACUUAUGGGAAAAUCUAAGGUAUCACAACUGGUGGGCUUACAGAUACUACGUGUGCGAAUUAUUGGCACUCAUAAAUGUGAUAGGUCAAAUGUUUCUUAUGAAUCGAUUUUUCGAUGGCGAAUUUUUGCAAUUUGGCUGGAAGGUUAUAAAAUAUAUGGAAGACGAUCAAGAAGAUCGAAUGGAUCCCAUGAUCUACAUAUUCCCAAGAAUGACCAAAUGUACAUUUUUUAAAUACGGUUCAAGCGGGGAGGUGGAGAAACACGACGCCAUUUGCAUACUGCCAUUAAAUGUUGUUAAUGAGAAAAUAUACAUUUUCCUUUGGUUUUGGUUCAUACUUUUAACGUUUCUAACACUGUUAACGUUAAUAUACAGGGUGGUUAUUAUCUUUUCACCACGCAUGAGGGUGUACUUGUUUCGUAUGCGAUUUAGGUUAGUGCGUCGAGACGCAAUUGAAAUAAUCGUUCGUCGGUCGAAAAUGGGCGAUUGGUUUUUAUUAUAUUUAUUAGGUGAAAAUAUAGAUACGGUUAUAUUUCGUGAUGUUGUACAAGAUUUAGCCAAUCGUUUAGGACAUAACCAACACCACAGGGUGCCUGGACUGAAAGGUGAAAUACAGGAUGCAUGAUAUUGGGAGUAUUAGAAACAAUACAAAAUGCAAUUUGUCGUCUCAAUAUAAACGUCACUAUCACAAAUAAUAAUAUCAACACCAAAAAACCGCUUUAGUAACAGCAGCAGUAGCACCGGCUUCCAAAAAAUCUCACCAAUGCAAAACAAAUAAAAAUAAAAACAACAGAAAAACUCCAAAAAAAAAGCGAAACCACAUUAACGCCAUCAGUUUCACCGGCAUCAAAUAUAAUCCGCUACAAAAUACAUUUUCUAAGAAAUAUAAAUAUAAAGCAAACAUGCUUUCAUAAUAGACGAUUUUAGUAUAAACCAAAAGUCAAAUAGUGUGUGACAGCGACGAAUUGUUUAUACAUAUAUGUGUGCGAAUGUGUGUAAACUAAAAAAUUAAGCAUAGCAUAUGUAAGGAAUAUCAAAUAAGCGUGUUCAAGCAGACGAUCUCACCUACAUUCGUAAAUCAUCGAGACGCAUCUAAAUAUUCAUAGCUUGUCAUGUUAUAUUAACAAUCGUAGAGGACUACGACCGAGACGACAACCGCGAAAGAUUGCAUUAUUGUAGUGAUCCGGAAAGGACAAGUAGCAGUCAGCCAACAAAGACGCGUCUACUUCACUUAUAACUGGCAAAUUUAGCAACCCCAAAUUACAUGCAUCACAUCACAACACAUCACUUCACAUUGAUACAUACAUCUAUAUGUAGCGCGAAAUUCAAAGCUUUGCAGUGGUGUACUUGUCGACGGCAACGAAGGAAGGAAGGAAGGAGAACCCACAUUUUUUGUAUAAAACUCUACCAAAAGUAAAGAACCAAAAAAAUCGAUCAUCACGCCGACAGCACCGCAACAUACAUGAAUACUUGCAUGUACAUCAUAUGUAUUUUAUAUAAAAUGAAGAAAAAUAAUAAAAAAUAUAAAUUCCAAUAUCAUAAGCUGCAGUUAAUUAGCAUAACAACGACAACCCGUUUAGUGUAAUUUAUUUCAUACAUAGUUAAUCAGGAUAACUGUACGUUACACGCAUACAUACAAACCAGUUGAAACGAGAAAAACAUAAAAAACAAAAAUAAAAGCAAAUAACGAGUAAACAUAGCUAUACAAAAUCAAAUGAAAGUUUUAUAAAAUAUGCAGAAUAGCCAUAAUAACUCAUCAACUAAAUAUCUACAUAACACAUAAACGACUACAACAGUUCAGAUAUAAGCAAAAAAUAAUCAUGAAAACAUACAUAAAUACAUACAUACAUACUACAUACAUACAUACAUAUAUAGCGCGCCUCAUUAAAUAACCGAGAAAAUUAGCAUUUAAUCUGAAGACAUACUCGUACGUCUGUUACAUACUCGUACAUGAAAGCAUUCAUGCAUAACAUAUAUUACAAUACAUUACAAUAAGUAAAUACAAAUAGCAAAUAAACGAAGAACUUUUUAAUUAAAAUAAUUUAAAUCAUUAAGCAGUGAAUGAAUGAAAUUAAAAAUGCAAUGAGACAAGAUUAUAUCAUUAUGUAAUAGUUACGUUAGUUACGUCAAUGCGAUGUAAAUUAUCGUUAAGAAAUAGUUAGUGAAACAAAAUACAUGGUAUGCAUGUAAUUUGCGCGUUUAAAUAAGUAAUAAGUAACAUACAGACAUGGAUAUUUAUACAUACUACAUGCAUAAUACUUAAGUUCAGACUUUCUUAGGUUUGUGCAUUAACAAAAACAAUGCAAAUAUUCUAGUGAAACAAAGUCGAUAAUGAGCUACAUAUUUUUCACAGUAUAUAAACAAAACGGUGGAAAGUGUUUGCAAUUUAUGAACUACAAAUAAACUUUUCAAGUAUGAGUGAAAAUUAAGGCAGAAAUUAUAGAAAAUAAAUAAAUAACGUAAAUUACUGGAAUAAUAGUAGGAAGGCACUUUCUUAUAUAGUAUAUAUAUAUAUAUAUAUAUGUAUAUUCAUAUACCAAUUUUUAACGUAUAUUAUAACGAACCAUAGUGAGCUGGGAUAUACAUAUGUAUGUGCAUAUGUAUCUGUUAUACUUGCGGCAUUAUGCAUAGAUUACGCUCAUAUAUUUAAGUUACAUAAUAAGUUUGUAAAUACUAAAAAUCAAUAUUUCAUAUGCAAUGUACGCAAUGCGAGUAUACAUGUAAGCAUAUAUAUAUGUACAUAUUACAUGAAAAUUUGUAGUUAUAUUACCUACUUAAUGUUUCAGUUUUAAUACAGAGUCACACUUUUUCAAUGGUUACCAUAAGCUCUAAUUUUGUCGUACUUCAGUGCAACAUCCAUUACCAAAAUAUUCGUACAUUACAUAGUUUUCAAGUAUCCGUCCAAAUAAUAUGGUUCGUACACAUUAUACACACAAAUUCAUAAAUACCAAUGAUUGUGGUAGCAACCGUUAGUUAGCAAUUUCCUAUAGAUAUGUAAUUUGUAGACGAUUUGCAGUUGGGAAAUCAGAAGACACUCGCACUGCCCACUUUUUAUUGAACUACUGAUCGCAUUGUGUACAAAAUCAUAUAUGAUAAUGGUUACAUACUUACUUAUAUCGUACAACAAUCAUAUGCUGUUACCGACCAUGCGAUAAUAAAAUAAACACCCAUGACUGAGGCUUUAGUGACUUCACAAAUUACAUGCUUCUCUGUGUCCAGCUUCUGAAAUUCAUAUUUUCAUAUUUGUAGUCUAUUUUCCAAUCAAUUUGAAGUACUACAACAGAUUGGGAACUAUGCAUUUCUGUGACUUUAAGUUAAUACCGUCAGUCUGACAAAUUCAUUGUUGGUCUUUGGUCAGAAUUGAUCUUUUAAAUAUUCAAUUGUAAGUUGGGAAGCAGCAGCAAGUGAUCGUAAAUAUGUCUAUAAACAUAUAUAUAGUCCCGGGUUUUUGCGAGUUGACAGUACUUUUUACCACAGCAGAAUCAGGAGUUAUACCGCAUCAAAGUUGAAUAUUUAAGGUUAGGUAGAUACGUAGGGCUGUUAUGGGUUACUAUGUCAAUAUGGAAUAUGCCUAAUGUGGGCUCUUCAAUUCUCAAGCUGUUCUUAUUGUUCUAAGCACAUUUCACGUUAUACAAAGUAUUUGAGCCUCAAUGAACUUAAAUUCUUUAUUUGCCGCGAUUAGAGUAGAGCCGGCUAUAACCGCGUAAGCGGUGUCUACGCCAGUCAAGAAGAGUACAACAAAAUUGAUAUAAACAAAAAAAAACAUUUAUUAGUUAUGAAUCAAAUGUUAUUAUUUCUAUAAAACAAACAUAUCUUAGAGAUCACUCAAGCGUUUUUAAAUCAUAACUACUUCCCCAAUUACAUAUACAUACGUGUAAAUAUUAUAUUAAGACUCGCUGACUUAUUAUAGUAAAGUACUUGUAACUAGACUACAGAUGAAAUUACACUGCCAGAAUAAUCAAAUCAAAUCACACAAGAAGCAUAUAUUCAAUAACCACACGGGUAUGAAAUUAUAGUCCAAAUGGCAAAAUCAAGUCGCUUGUCAGUACAUUUUACACGCGAGUUGCACAUUGGCCAAAUAAAUAACCGAAAUUUAAAAGUAAUAUUAGGUAAUAUAACUACAAAUGGGAAGUCGCAUAAGAUCAACCCAUAUACUACAGCAAUAUGUGUACAUACAUACAUAUGCACAUAAAUUCGAAAAUUAAAAUAAAUUCACAACAAACACGCGGUGCUAGUAAGAUAAAUAAUAAAUUUACUAAUAAAAACAAUAAUGAUGUAAAGAUAUGAAAGAACAACAUAUGUAUAUUUAAGCAAUAGAAACGAAUUGAACAAUUGAACUAUAUCAUUAUAUUAAAUAUUGUAUAAGUAACGCUAAUAAAUUACAGAAUUACGGAAUAAUAAUGCUUAAGUAAAUAUGACUUAGGAGAAAAUAAAAUUAGUGAAUUCAAACAAUACUUCUACAUGAUAAUAACCAUUGUAUGAUAAAACUGAAAUCAUGCGUAAAUUAUAGCAUACUGUGAGUAUUAAUAAAAUUAGCAAUAGAUUUGUUCCUGAACAAAUUUUCACAUUUGUAUGCGAAAGUAAAAAUUACAAAAAAAAGGUAUAAAUUAAAAAAAAAAACGCAAAAAAUAUCUCAUAGUUUUAAACUCGAUAAAAGAAAUAAUAAUUUAUACUUACUUGUAACAGAUACAUAUUUUUUGUACAUACAUACAAAUGUAUCAAUAAAAGGAUUUGCAAUAUAUUUGAAGCUUGCAUAGAAUUCACAUUAUUGGGAGUAGUUAUUAGUUACUAGUAAAAUUAAACGUAUUCGUGACACUUUGGACGCUUUUGUACCAGAGUUCACACUCAUUUUUAACUACUUACAAUACAAGUAUAUUCGAGUUAAUUGAAUGAGGCAACAAUUUCCACAACAUUCGAACAUUUUAUGUACUUAAGAGGACAUCAUUUUCCUUACGAAACAUACGAAAAAGAGUCGAUACCGCAAAACUAGCCAUUUAUUGAGUGUGACUGCUACUCAUUAUAUAAAUUUGUAUCUUUUUUUUCAAUUACAGUUAUAUAUUUAUCAUUAAGCAACGAUUUAAUUCUCUUUUCGUUAUUGUACUAAGAAUUAUUCAGACUCGAUUAGCCAAAUAGCGGUACAAGUUAAUUAUUUAAUAUAUACACAUAUACAUACAUAAAAAUAUCUAUAAAAGCAAACAUUUUGUAAAACUUAUUGUAAUGAUCAUAACGUAGCAUAAAUCUGCGAAAAUUCGAGAAACUUUAUUUUCAAAGUUUUCAAAUCAUAUGAUUUCGAUACGUGCAUAUAAGAUGAAAUGAAAUAUAUAUACAUACACUACAAUACAUGAUAUUGGUGGACAUUUUUUAAUUUUAAAGCAUAAUAAAUUCGUCAGUCUGUAUAUGAGAUAUUAUAUUUAUCCUAAAUUUAUUAAUGUAAGUGUUCAUUUACUUCUACUUAAACUAUUAUUCACACUUAUGAACUUCUUUCUGAAAUAAUGCAAAUAUAUAUUCUUUAUUAUACAAUACUCUGCUAGUGUCUAACCAAUCCUAGUGUCUAAAUUUAAAUACCAAUAUUUGCGAUUGUACGGAUUGUUAUUCAGAAUGUUCCUUUGAUGCUAUCUACUAAUCUAAUCAGAAGUCCUUCAAGAGUGUUGAAUCGAACAAACGACUGGUAAAAUCAUAAUGGCAGGUAAUCAGUUAAGUCGCUCGGAUGAAGUUGCAGAUUACUCUCUAUAUAGUCUAUCUAUCUAGUUUCAUUACACUUAAAUCUUUGUAGAAAUUAUAGAUCACAAACAUAGCAUGUAAAGAAAUGAAUCGACGAGAACUAAUAUUUUUCAAUAUUUGCAACAAUUGGAGUCAACGAUAAUAGUAGGGUGGAGUUCUAACAAAUGGGUAUAAACUGAUGACCACUCCAUUUUCAGUGAUAGAGAGUUAUGACUUAUGCCUAGUAGACUAAAGAUAAACUACUGCAAAAGAAUUAAACUGGCAAUAGUUUUAAAAAUUUCAAUCUAUGCAAGUAUUGAGAAGGCCUUCGGCAAGCCUAAUUCAAGCCUGUGGUAUGGUGGAAUAAGUACAUAGAACGAUCUUUGUCGAUCGCAGCCUUGAACUUAUGACUAUAUAUGAAGUAGCAUUGUCCUUUGGACUUUUAAGCUGCGACUCACGUUUUGAUUUAUUCCGAUUUCUUCAUAGUUCUUAAAAUGCUUUUCCAGCAUUCGUAAAAUUCGAUUCUUCUCAUUAGAUAUUUGAAAAAUUAUAGAGUACCGACAAAAUACAUAUAUGUUUUGUAGUAAAAAAUGUGCUCUACUAUUGUUAUGCUGAAUAAAUUCUCUCCAAUUAACAAACUGGUUAUUAUGAAUUCAAAUUAACUUAUUUCAUAAGUCGCCUUUAUUAUAUCUUUAUUGUAUAUAUUGCAAUUUUUUAUAUAUUAUAACCUCAAUAUGCUCUUUUAAUUUUAAUUAAUUGCUUACUUGCUUUAGAAAAUAUUUUACUUUUUGACAUGAUAAAAUAAAAAUUAUACGAGUAUAAAUCAUGCAAUUUGAGAUCAAUAUAGGGCAAUUUAAUCCAUAACAGGGAUUAAAUUUAUUUCUCAUAUUUCCUAAGGGUUAAACUACUUUCAAGCUUCUUCAAGCAACCGAUUCUAAGGUUAUCAGAAAUAAGUAAACAUUUUGCUCAGAGGCCUUUAUUAUCUAUAUAGAAUUUAAAAAUUCAUUUAAAUUUUUAUAUAAACUGUUCGGAAAAACGUGGCCACAUUUCCUAUUUCACUUUUUGAGAAAAAUACUGACAUUUGAAGAUGUUUGAAAUACACUAAAAAUAUUUAUGACAUAGGAAAUAGUGAACAAAUCAAAUUCUUAUUUCUUUUUCUUAAGAAUUUACAUUUUGGAAAAUACUUAUUUCUGUAGAUAAAAAGUUCAGAGAAUUCCAGAACGAAUAGUUUUGAUAAGAAAGUAAUUUUAAUUUGUGUGCUUAAGCCGAAGAAGGUGCACGUGCCUUCAUUCGGAAUUUGAGAAAAUAAAAACUUUUAAAACUUUUCUAUUUUAUAAAUAGUAACUUACUUUUAAGAUUUCUGAAUAAGAUCAUUGGUAGUUUUUUUAUUAAAAGCAUUCUAGAAACGUGUAAUUCCUUAAAUAACACUAUAUACAGCAUAAGUUUCUACCUUUGAAGUAUAUUUCAACAUCAAUUUCUAAACAAAGUGAGACACUACAUGAUUAUGACAAAAUAUUUUAAUAUUUGCAAUUAAAUUUAUAAGCUAAAUUGUAUAAACUCUUGUUCUGUUGUGCAAGCUACUAAAUGCAACAUUUCAACUAAGCAAUACUAUAAUUUACGCAAAUUUCAGUGAAAAUUAAUAUGAAAAGUUUAUUUGUAAGAACUUACCAAUAUUUAAGUCCAACAGUGUAGUUCAUUAAGAGUAAAAUACUGCCACUUUUAUAUAAAUAAAACAUUUGUUCAUUUACUUAGCUAAACCAACAAUUAGACCAAUUCAAGAUUGUUAAAGCAAUAACCAUAACCAACAACAUUGUUACACAUUACUGAAACUACAAAAUAGUUAGUAACUAGGAAAUGAGUUUUGUAUAUAUUUAAGUUUUAGAAGUUUAGAAGACAAUAAUUAGAACGAAAGUUUGUCCUAUCGUAAACGCUAUGUAUUUGCACAUUUUUACAGUAACAACUAUGAAUAUUUCUAGAAUAUUAGUAUACUUUUAGGCGCAUUCGUUGAUUUAGAUUAUGCUUUGCUUAGUUGCACUAAUGCGUAUUAAUUUAGUGUUGCCUUGGUAAAGAAAUGUUUCUCUGCUACUUAUAUUGCAAAUGCAACGCUGUGCUUGAAACAAAUAAGACUAAAAGCAUAUAAUGAGCCUGUUUCAACUUUCUAAAAAUUAUUCUGAGGAAGACAUAUGGUAGAAUGUCUCUGGAUAUUCACUGCUUAAAGAAGAUUUAACUAUGUACGGCAUAACUUCAUUUGUAAGCAUAUAUCCAUGUACAAUUUCAAUUGUAGAUUGAGGUAAGAACGGCACUUAUUAGGGGAUGUGUGACUGCAGCUAUGACAUCAUUUGUUGAGUUUUACACACACUUUUCCUUAGAUACGUAAAACAUGGAGCUGGAUAACUAUAAUAUCAGAUUUUUAAGUUUUGUUUUCUCCCACAAAUUUUUGUAAAAUAACAUAUACAAUAGUGAUUCUUUCCGUUCAUUUGUUCACUUGACUGCUUUCUUCAUUAAUAUUUUUUAUUGUAGCUACGAUAAAUUAUUAAAAAUCAUAUAAUACAUGUUACAAUACAUACCGAUUUCUUAUUGUCCAUCGUCCGUCCAUCUUUAAUUUGCUGAAAUAUUUCCACAUUCACUACCAAUUUUUAAUACCAAUAGUGUUCCUUCUACUAUAUCACUUAUGAUUAAAUAAUAAAUUCAUAACAAUAAAAUAUUUGCCCUUCGUAGAUAUUUAUUUUAGUAAAGGUCGUCAUGUGCGUGCAUUCAUCCCACAUUUCUCAAACUUCUAAAUGAAUAAAGUAAAAAAAAAAACAACAUAUACAAUCGUAUGUGCUAAGCAAUAAUAUUACUCACUUAAUUUUUUCUAUCCUAUCUAAGUCACACUCCUCGCAAGCAAUAUGCACUUUUUAUUAUUAUAACAAAUCGGAUUCAAUAAUUUUUUUAUUCCUUGGAAUACUAAUAAAAUUGCCUUAUAUUCAAAAUAAUAAUAAUAAUUAUACAUUAUACUGUAAUAUAAAAGCAUUAUUGUAACUAAUGAAGAAACCCUAUUGAAAUCUUUAGCAAUAAACUGUAAUAAAUAAUUAGGAUAUAAUAUACUAUUAGCUGCAAAGUUGUAAACUUACUUAGGUCAAACAAUUGUACAAACUGUAUAUAACUAUUUUAUUUAAUAAAAUUAUUACCUAAUAUAUAAAUUAAUAGUAUAAUAUAUAAAUUAUUGCGUAUGGUAUUCAAAUAUAGCAUAAAACACACCUAGAUUCUUACAACCGAUUUUGUAACAUUAAUUUAAUUAUGUAUACUUUAUUUAGCUUUCAUUUAUCCGUAAGUCCACUUCUUUGAAUACCUAAGACAUUUAAAAAUUUUAAUAAGCUGAACAACACACUGUAUAGUAAUUGCGUAAAUAAUUUCAAAAACAAAUUCGCCAAUUGCCUUCAACUAGAAGAAUUUCGAUCUAAAACCAUAUACAAAGCAAACGCGAUAUACAUAAAAAAUAAAUAAUGAAUACAAAUGGGCAGACGAUAAAUACAGUAUGCAGAAAAUAUUAAAUCAAUAACUAAGUGAGAUCCAAACUAAAAACAGAAAACAAAAAUAAAUAUAUAAUUACAAAAAUAACUUAAACCUAUCAGUAACUAAUUGAAGCAGCGAACUACUGCACUCGGAAAUACGAACAAAAUUUACAGAAACCAAAUAUACACAUAUACAUGCAUAUAUACAAAUUGAAAUAAAUAAUAAAAGAUAGAAUGAUAGAAAUGCAAAUAAAAUAAAGAGUUUACGUAAGCAAACAAAUUAUUAGACUUUAGCAAAAACAGCAACAACCACAAAAGAGAACUGAAGUAAUUGCAGAGAUUUUAUUGCCAUAUUUGAAUUAUAUAAUAAGCGGUAAAACAAGAUAAUAUAGACUAAUAUACAUAUAUAGUAUAUAUACAAUAUACAUACAUAUACACACAUAUGCGAGUAUAUAUAGAUGACGCGAAACUUUAAAACAAAACAACUUACUCGAUUAUUUUAUCUACAAUACAUACAUGAGAAUACUUAUAAGCAAGAACAAUAAACAGAAUCAUAUGCAUACCAGUAAAAAUAAACCGUUACUUACAUAUUUAAAAGUAUCAUUAAUUGAAACUAACGAAAUAAUUAAUACAUAAUCAUGAACAGAACCAAAUUAAGUGAAACAAAAAGUGAGGAAAAGAAGUCGAUUUCAUGCGCAGGAAUUUAUAUCAAUUAUGAAUAUAGCAAGAGCGAAAAAGUAUUCAUGUAGGAAAAUACAGACAAAAAAAAACAAGCUUAGAAUAUACCGAGUGUUCUAAUUUGAGGCAAAGUGUGCAAAGGAAAAUAACGGAACAAUAUUUGACAAAAAAUGAGGGAGUACUAUAUAAAUAAUGAAAACAGCGCGAAUGCGAAAAAGACGAAUUUAAUUCCAACUAAAUAAUUUCAAAUUCAUUAUUCUUCAAUACUAUAGCUAUACACACACACAUUUUAUAUUCAGAUUCUGUUCCCCCUGAAUGCGCUUAAAAAUUUCCUUAAUUGCUCAUAUGUGCAUUUCAGCAUUUUGCAUUUACUUAAGCAAUUUCAAUUUUACAAGCUAUCCCUUGAGAUCUUGAGUACUACAGCUUCCACGGUUUUCCAAAUACCUGAAAUCUAUAUAUAAUAAAAUCGUUCAACGUUUUAAAAAACGACUUUCGAAAAGUAUAUAAACGAAUAAAGUGUAAAGUGUAAGAAAUUGAAGUGAAUUCCUGGAAAGCUCUCUAUACAUGUGAGUAGUUAUGAAUAGUUAGUAAAAGCGCGUAAGCAUAAUUCUCAAAUGCAUGUAUAUACGAGCGCCCUUCAAGAUUUUGCAGCCAAUCUCUGGUUAUGUUAGUUACUAAACAUUUUCAAAAAUUUUAAUCCAAAUGUUUUAACGGCCUCGUCAGUGAUGGCGUUUGUGUUUGAUUAAUAGUUUGAUAGAGCAAACUUAUUUCUUCAGAGUGUGGUUAGAUUUAGAGACUGACCUCGUGACAAGUUUCGCGAAAGAUCUCACUUGGACAGCUAGAGGGUACGGUCCAUUGUGAUGCCAAGAGACUCCUAAGAAUACCCUUGUAUAUUGCAGAAUCUCUUUGAGCAACAUUUUAUGAGGCGGCUAAUGUACAUACCAGUCAGUCCGUUUGGUUCGCCGAAGGUAUAGCAGUGGAGGAGAAGUCACUUGAAGAUUCCACCUCACCUUUCUUCAUACAUAAGGUAGUUUGCGUUCGUCAGUCAGUAUUUCUACCAUUGCCGCAAGGUGAACCUUCUAAAAGGAAGUAAUUCAGUUGACCUCUUGCGUUCCACACUGUCAUCAGCUCUGUGAUACUGCUCUGACCCGGCACCCCUUCCUUUAAGUGCUUACUCAAGAACUUAUUUCUAAGUUGAGAAUAUUCUACAGGCUUCGGCCAUGAUUCUGAAGAUAACAAUUUAAUUUUGAACAUUCAAGAGGAAAAUAUUAGCUGCAGUCGGGGACUAUUGGGUCACUGAAAUUUAAACAAUUUAAUUUUGAACAUUCAAGAGGAAAAUAUUAGCUGCAGUCGGGGACUAUUGGGUCACUGAAAUUUCAACUUUUUGGGGUGUAAAAUUGAAAUACUUUCAGCACAACUUGGUGCUAACGUGCCGUUUAUCAUAUUUUUUAAACAUAAACACAAUGUACAUCAAUUCAAA